GCCUCCAUGGCUAAACAAAGGAGACAAUGCGUGGCAGAUGACAGCGUCGACUCUGGUGGGCAUCCAGAGCAUGCCGGGACUGGUGAUCCUUUAUGCUAGCAUCGUCAAGAAGAAAUGGGCAGUCAACUCAGCCUUCAUGGCGCUUUACGCCUUCGCCGCCGUCCUCAUUUGCUGGGUCCUUGUAUGUUAUCGGAUGGCCUUCGGGGACCGGCUCCUCCCUUUCUGGGGCAAAGGCGCGCCAGCUCUCGGCCAAACCUUCCUCAUCGUCCAAGCAAGGGUUCCUGAGAGCAAACACAGGUCUCCAACCGGGAGAUACGAAACCACCGAACCCUUUUAUCCUAUGGCUUCCCUUGUGUAUUUCCAAUUUACAUUUGCAGCAAUUACUAUGAUUUUGCUUGCUGGGUCUGUUCUGGGUCGGAUGAACAUCAAGGCCUGGAUGGCUUUUGUGCCUCUCUGGCUCAUAUUUUCCUACACCGUCGGCGCCUUUAGUCUCUGGGGCGGCGGGUUUCUGUAUCACUGGGGCGUAAUCGAUUACUCCGGCGGCUAUGUUAUCCACCUCUCCUCCGGAAUCGCCGGUCUCACAGCAGCUUAUUGGGUCGGGCCGAGGUUGAAGAGCGACAGAGAAAGGUUCCCUCCGAACAACGUGUUGCUAAUGCUUGCCGGCGCGGGGCUGCUUUGGAUGGGGUGGUCAGGUUUCAAUGGAGGAGCACCGUACGCGGCGAACAUCGACUCCUCAAUAGCAAUUCUCAACACGAACAUAUGCGCCGCCACGAGCCUUCUUGUCUGGACAUCUCUGGAUGUUAUCUUCUUCGGAAAACCCUCGGUGAUCGGAGCUGUUCAAGGGAUGAUGACGGGACUCGUUUGCAUUACUCCAGGAGCAGGGUUAGUGCAAUCUUGGGCUGCAAUUGUGAUGGGGAUCCUAUCCGGUAGCAUUCCAUGGGUGUCCAUGAUGAUCCUACACAAAAAAAGUAGCAUGCUUCAGAAGGUGGAUGACACUCUAGGCGUGUUUCACACGCACGCCGUGGCUGGGCUUCUGGGUGGACUCUUGACGGGGCUGUUGGCCGAGCCAGCACUUUGCAGACUUAUAUUGCCGAUUGAGACGAGGGGUGCAUUCUAUGGGGGGAAUGGCGGGGUGCAGUUCAUGAAACAAUUGGUGGCAGCCCUGUUUGUUAUUGUCUGGAAUGUUGUUUCCACAACAAUAAUCCUACUGGCCAUAAGGUUGUUUAUACCAUUAAGAAUGCCGGACGAGCAGCUGGUGAUCGGAGAUGAUGCUGUUCAUGGUGAGGAAGCCUAUGCGCUGUGGGGUGAUGGAGAGAAGUAUGACCCAACGAGGCAUGGUUGGAAUAUGUCCUUGUACUCUGAGCAAACAGCACCUCCACCUUUUGUGAAUGGUGCAAGAGGAGUAACUAUCAAUUUGUAGGUCACCAGGGUGCAUAGAGUUGACUGUAAACAGGAAGAGAUAAACCCUGAUCAAGUGCAUAUCAUAGAAGCAGUUUUUCUAGUGAAUAUAGUUUUUGAAAAUGCGAAUUUGCUCAACCAGGCUCGCCUCUUAUAUCUAGAGAUAUUGCGAGGAAGAGGGGGCUUGAAACUAUUGUAAAACAUUACUUUUGACAGGUUCAGUUUUGUUACUAGUUUCAUGCAGUUUUUUCAGUUUUGUUUUUCUUUACUGUUUUUUACUUUAGUUUUUUCUGGAUGAAUAAAAGUUUACAUUUUAACCAAAAAGAAGAAGAAGAAGAAGAGACCUUGCAAAAAAGGAGAGAUCUUCUCCCGCUUACAUCCUAUUUGAAAUGUUGAGAGUGGCAACAAUUGACAUUAUGGUCUGCUCCAAACAAUGUAUACUACUGGUUAUUUCUAGUUUCAUCAAAAAAAUAAAAAAAAAUACCAAUCUAAUUUUGAUGUGAAAUAAAGUAGCCUUAAAAUU